UCGAGUGAUCGAGGGAACAUUGGGGAACGAUUUGAUAAUCAGUUGAAAAUGUUGAGAGAGCUGUUGGUGUUGGCCCUCACGGGCUUCUGCCUGGCCCAGGCAAUUGGCAGUGAGACUCACACUGCUGAUAUGGACUUCCUCCACAAGCAGAAAAAAAUCUACGAGCUCUUCUUCUACAUCGAUCAACCCAAACUGAUUGGCAGUGAGUUCUACGAAGUUGGACGCAGCUAUGACAUCGAGCAGAAUAUCGACUUGUACAAGGACAAGAUGAUCCCCCGGGAGUUCCUGUACAGAUUUAAACUCGGUAUGCUCAAGAGAGGUGCCCUCUUCUCAGUCUACUACAAGGAACACCGUGAAGAACUUCGCAUUCUCUUCAAACUGUUCUACUACGCCAAGGACUUUACGACCUUCUACAAGACUGCAUGCUGGGCUCGUCUCUACAUGAACGAGGGAAUGUUCAUCAUGGCCUUCACCACCGCUGUCAUGUACAGACCCGACUGCAAGAACAUCGCUCUUCCACCAAUGUACGAAGUCUACCCUCAUCUCUUCUUCAACAACGAGAUCAUUCAGGAUGCUCACCGUAUCAAAAUGACCGCAGGAUACAAGAAAGAACUCGGCGUUGGGAAUACCGAAACAUUCCUGAUCAACACGAACUACACGACCUCAUUCAUGAAAUAUUUCGCCGACAAGGAGUACGAACUCGACUACUUCUACGACGAUGUGGGUCUGAACAACUACUACUACUACGUCCGAAACAUCUUCCCCUUCUGGAUCAGCCUGAAGGAUCUUGAAGUUCCAAAACAAAUCAGAGGAGAACUCUACUACUACGUCCAUCAGCAGCUGAUGGCCCGUUAUUACCUUGAGCGUCUGAGUAAUGGACUUGGUGAGAUCGAGGACUUCGAUUUCUACAACAAAUUCGCCCCAGGAUAUUUCUCCACAAUCGUGUACGGUAACGGUGUUGCCCAACCGAGUCGCGAACGCUACAGCGAAGUUCCAUACUACAAAUUCAAAUACGUCAAGGAAAUCCAGAACAUCGAAUACCGCAUCCUUGCUGCCAUCGAUGCUGGGUACAUCGUCGACAAAGAGGGCAAACAAUACGGUCUCUACACCAAGGAAGGUUUGAACUACCUAGGAAACUUGAUCGAGGGCAACUACGACUCCUGCAACACCCGUUUCUACGGUGCCAUUGACGUUCUCUACAGAGAUAUCUUCGGCUUCAACUACGACUGCAAACACAAGAACUGCGUUGUACCCAGUGCUCUCCAGCUCUUCAGCACAAGUCUUCGUGAUCCUGCGUUCUACCGUCUCUACAAGAAGAUCAUCGGUUACUUCUUCAGGUACAAGUGCAAUCUGCCAGCAUACACCAAGAAUGACUUGGAAUUCUCUGGUGUUUACAUUGAAGAUGUCAAGCUCGACAAACUUUACACGUUCUUCGAGGAGUACGACUACUUGAUCAAUAAUGCUGUCACUGUUGACAACUACAAGGAUGGCAUGAACUUCAAUAUCAAGGCCAGAAAGUACCGUCUCAAUUACAAACCAUUCACGUACACCAUUGAUGUCAAGAGCGAGAGACCCACCAAGGGUAUGGUGCGCAUAUUCAUGGGACCAUCUUACAAUGACAAAUUCUUCAAGAAGCAGAACUACUUCUACUACAGCUGGUACAACUUCGUGGAGCUCGACGAAUUCAUGGUUGACUUGAAGACCGGAAUGAACACGAUUGAGCGCAGUAGCAAGGACAGCUCAUUCACAGGCAAAGACUUCCUCGGCGGUGAUAAAUUCUACAAAAAGCUGAUAAAGGCUGUGGAAGGAAACGAGCCGUUCACCUACAGCAACAAGUUGUAUGGUUUCCCAUCGAAUCUGUAUCUGCCACGUGGUCGUGUCGGUGGUUAUCCCUUCAAACUCUUCGUAUUCAUCUACCCAGUUGAUGAGGCAAAUCUGACGACCUUCACCUUCCCACUCUUCGGCAAGAUAUUGUACGACGGCAAACCCUUCGGCUUCCCACUCGACAGACCCAUGUAUCCGUGGUAUUAUGACCUCAAGAACAUGUACUUCAGAGAUGUCUAUGUUCACUACCUCAAUGAGAACACCGAGAGCUACCAGAAGGAGCACUACGGCCAAUACAUCAGUGACAAAUACGAGACCUAUGGACAAUACCCCAAGUACGACAAGUACGAGAAGUACGACAAGUAUGACAAGUACUACGGAAAGGAGGCAUAUCCCAUUGGCGUAGAGAAGACCCUCUUCUGUCGAUCUCUGGGAAGCAGAAUGAGACGAAUUCUGGUGGUCUGGGCCACCGUCUGUCUAGCUCUUGUGGGUGCUGUUCACAAAGACACCUACACCGCUGAUAAAGUUUAUCUUACUAAACAAAAACGCGUCUACGAAUUGUUCUGGCAUAUUGAUCAACCAACUACUGUUCAUCCUGAGUUCUACCAGAUAGCACGCGCCUGGAACUUGGAGGAUCAUGUUGACGCAUAUCCUCACCAUCAGCACGUCGUCCAGGAGUUCGUCCAGCGAUGGAAAUAUGGCCUCCUCCCCCGUGAGGCUGUCUUCACAUCCUACCAUCCUGAGCACGUGGAGGAAGUCAAGGCUCUCUUCAAUUUAUUCUACCAUGCCAAGGACUUCGAGACCUUCUACAACAUGGCAAUCUGGGCUCGAUUCCACGUGAAUGCACAUCUCUAUGCCUACACCCUAGCUGUUGCAAUCUUGCACAGACCUGACACCAGGAACAUUCGUCUCCCUGUUCUCCACGAAAUGAUUCCUCACUUCUACUUCAACAACGAGGUGCUGCAGACCGCAUACCGAGCCAAAUUGGGAGAUGCCAACCUGAAGAAGAGUGUCGAUGUCAAGUACCACGACGGUACCGAUCUGGUGAUCCAUGCGAAUUACUCUGGCUGGUACAUCGUGCAUGACGAUGCUGACGAGAAAUUGACGUAUUUCACUGAAGACGUUGGUAUCAACGACUGGUACUUCCACGCUGUUCACGAUUACCCAUCCUGGAUCAGCAGCGAUAACUGCAGCCUCACCAAAGAAAUUCGUGGUGAAGUGUACUACACCGUCCACAGACAAUUGCUCGCGAGGUACUACAUGGAACGAUUGUCCAACAAUUUGGGAGAAAUCGAGACGAUCGAUUGGCACUCACCGAUCGUCACUGGAUACUAUCCAACGAUCAAUCUUCCAAAUGGACUGCCUUUCGUCCAACGUCCAUCCUGGACACACAUUCCUCAGUAUAUGAAUGAAUUAGUCAAUCAUCUGGAACAGGUCGAGGCGCGAAUCCGCACAGCAAUAGCUUCUGGGUACAUCACAGACAAUAGCCGUCCACCGAAGAACAUUGAUAUCUAUACUCCAGAGGGUUUCAAUCUACUUGGUAACAUCAUCGAAGGCAACAUGGACUCAGUAAAUCUUCAGCUGUACGGCAGUGUCGAUGCUCUCGCCAGGCAAAUUCUUGGAUUCUCUCCACAACCGAUUGAUAAAAAUCAUGUCGUACCAAGUGUCCUGGACUACACCGCCACCAGCAUGAGGGAUCCAGCUUUCUACAGGAUCUACAAGAAAAUUGUGUCAUACUUCGUCCAGUACAAGCAGAAUCUGCCAAAGUACACGCACGAGGAAGUCGUUUUCCCCGGUGUUAAGGUGGAUUCUGUGGCUGUUGACAAGCUAAUCACGUACUUUGAGAAUUUUGACUCGGUCAUCAACAAUGGAAUUCCCGUUUCUUCCGUCAAGGAUGCAACUACUUCUGUCAUCAAGGUACGACAGCCUCGUCUCAAUCACAAGCCUUUUACCUAUCACAUCAGUGUUACCAGUGAUAAAGACGUCAAGGGUACCGUACGCAUCUUCUUGGGACCCAAAUUUGAUGUUCAUGGACAUGAAAUCGAUUUCGUCGAUCAGUGGCUCAACUUUGUCGAGUUGGAUCAAUUCGUUGUUGAUCUGAAAUCCGGUGCCAACAAGAUCAAGCGCAGCAGCUCUGAGUCCAUCUACUUCAUGCCUGACGAAGUUUCCACGACGAUCUACUGGAAGAAGAUGGUGAAUGCCCUGGAGACUGGAGAGGUCUUCCAAUACAACGGUCAGGUAUCAGGUUUUCCCGAUCGGUUGGCGUUGCCCAAGGGUAAGAAGGAGGGUCUCCCACUGAAACUUUUCGUCCACGUGUCUCCAUUCCAAGAUGAUCAAGCUGUGACCAUCAAGUCCCCGAUAUGGGGCAUCACAGUGGUCGACGGCAAACCCAUGGGAUUCCCCCUGGACAGACCUGUAGUCCGGCAUCUGUUCCAUGGUGUACCUAAUGCCCAUUUCAAGGACGUUGUCGUAUUCCAUAAGCAAAUUGAAGAGCUCAACCAAACUGGUCAGACUUUGUACCUUUAAGUGUCUUCUCAUGCUGUCUAGUUAUUAGUCGUAAAUGUAGAAUGAUGUCGAUUUUUUUUUACUUUAUCAUUGAGAAAAAAUAAAUAAACUUGUGAGUGCUAUCUUCAACAAA